AUGAUCGAAAGGCUGGGCGGUGAAGUGGCGCGGGCGACCACCGUGGUGAGCUUCCAGCCGAACGCCUCGUUCCCCAUGCAUCAGCAUGUGGGCGGAGAGGAGUUCAUCGUCCUGCAGGGCGCUUGGUUCGACGACUGGAACACACAGCCGCAGAUGACCUAUGUGCGGAACUACAUCGGUUCCAAGCACACGCCCCGCAUCGGCCCGGAGGGUUGCACCAUCUUGGUGAAGUUGUGUCAGAUGUCUGAGAAGCACCAUGAGCCGGACCACAGCCAGUGGGACAUCAGUUCUUCCAACCCCCAGUGGAGGCGGAGUGGUGCAUCAGGACCCUUGGAGCUGCGCGUCUUCCAGUCCCCCUUGGAAGAGGUGCACUUCGAACGUUGGAGCCCUGGUCAGCGAGGCACGGUGGAGGUUCCGAAGGACGGGGAGGAGGUCUUUGUGAUCGAGGGCUCCUUCAGCGACGAGAUGGGCGAACACCGGACCUGGUCGUGGUGUAGAAACGCUGGUGAGCGACAUGCGCGCCUCACGCGCGUGGCGGGAGCAAAGGGAUGCCUCCUCUACAUCAAGUCGAAGCACCUGAACUCGCAUGAGGCCCAAAGCCGAAUGAAGAUGUUAACCAAGUUGCAGGAAGAAGCCGUGGCAGUAGACUACGACGACCCCUACCUGCAGUUGGAGUUCCCAGCAGCGUCCACGCUGCCUCCGCCUUGUAUUUCCGUCAUCGAGGCCGGCUUCGGCUACACUCCGGACCGGAUCCUCUACCAGAACCUGGACUUUGGCGUGGACUGCGACUCCAGAGUGGCCAUCGUGGGCCCGAACGGUGCAGGUAAGUCCACGUUCCUGAAGCUCUUGGACGGUUCCCUUGAGCCGACCAACGGCUUUGUCAGGCGGCAUGCCAAGCUUCAGUUGGCCAGGUCGGAGUCCUUGGCGAAUGUGGCGGACUUGGUGGCUCAGGCGGUGAAGCUCCAGAGCCCUCCUCGCGGCCACCGCGUGCCGGUCGACUCCUCGCGUGAACCUUUGGGUGGCGGAUGCUGCUUCUAUGGUUGGGUCAUCGUGGCGGUCUGUAUCCUUUGCAAAAUCUUCAAGGUUCAAGGACAGAACAACGUGAUGUCCUACACCGUGCCGCACCUCCUUGAGGACUUCCAGCUCUCCCACUCCGAGCUAGGAGGCCUCUUUUCGGUGGCCACCAUCUUCGCUGGCAUGGCACAACCCGCUCUGGGCCGCACGAUGGACCGCUUCGGUGGUCGGGUGUGCAUCCCAAUUGUUCAGCUGGCCAUUUGCGGGACUCUCUUGGCCUUCGGCCUGUGGCAGCGCCCGGAGGAUCGCCUGGCCUUGCGCGUCGAGGUGAUUGGCGUCUUCUUCUUCCUCCGCAUGUUGUGCCUGGGCGCGGGCGAGAUCUUCCCGAACGCCUGUGUGCAGCAAUGGUUCAAACGCCGCCGAGGACGUGCUGUGGGCGUGGUUUUCACCUUUCAAUGGCUUGGCAAUGCAGUCUUUGGAACGGUGAUUGCUGGCAUUGUGGCCAAUUACAGUUGGCAUACCGCGGCGCUGUUGGGCGCCACGGCGAACUUGUUCUUGGCGCCUUUGUCGGCUUUGCUGUUGAGAAGAAGCCCAGAGGUUUGCGGUUUGCUGCCUGAUGGAUGGGCUGCCAUUCCUGAAGAGGAAGAGGCUGCCUUAAAGGAAACCACAACAACCACCGGCGAAGUGCAGGAGACGAGUGAGAUUUCGGUGAGGCGCUUCUGGGCUCAUUUCGUUUUCACAUUCUUCUAUGCUUUGAUGUUUGGUGGCUGCGACUUCUACAUGAUGGAGAUGGUUGCUGAGGCGACCGUGGGCGUGAGAGAUGUCUCCGUGCCAUUGCAUGUCUUCGCGCCCUUGGCGCUUUCCUCCUCGGUCUCGAUCCCGGUCGUGGGCGAGCUGAUGGAUGCCUACAGUAGCCGCAAGACGUGGCUCCCAUCCUUCCUGUUGGCCGUGGCGGGUGUCCUCACGGCCAGCGUGACAAGUGGGCUGACGAGCAUCCAGAGCUGGCCCACCGCGGUGCUCUGCGGAGCGGUGCGUGGCAUCACAUCGGGGAUCUUUCAGAGUUUACUCUCUGCGGGCUUGGCCUUCCUCUCUUUGGGCGUGAGCCGCAAGGAGAUUGGCCGUGUCUUGGGCUACAACCAAUUCUGCACUCUCGUCGGGACAGGCGUGGGGCCCCUGUGGUACGGCACCUCUCGUGACCUUUUCGGCAGCUUCAAGGUCUCCUUGUGGCGGCUUGGCGGGCAGGGAGUGCUGGGCGGGCGGAAGGACUCGGACGCGGUGACCCACAUGCGGAAGCUGGGCUCGGGCGGGAUCAAAGAGGACGGCACGAGUGAGGUCACCGUGGAGGAGGCGCGGAAAUACCUGGGCCGUUUUGGCCUCCACGGCGACCUAGCGCUGCAGCCGGUGAAGUUCCUCAGCGGAGGGCAGAAGAGUCGGUUAGCCUUUGCAGAACUGGCCUGGUCCUCCCCUCACAUCAUGCUCUUGGACGAGCCCACCAACCAUCUGGACCUCGAAACCAUCGAGGGCUUAGCCAUGGCCCUCAACAAGUUCGAGGGUGGUGUAGUCUUAGUGAGCCACGAUGACCGCCUGGUCUCCAUGGUGGCGGAUGAGCUCUGGGUGGUGACCCCUGGACCUUCGAAGGACGUGCCCGGCAAGGUCACCGUCUUCGAAGGAUCCUUUGAGGAGUACCGAGAAAUGCUCCGGAGCGACUUCAUCAACAAACACUUGACCUCUGGCGGCCGAAUCAAGCGGAAGGCCUAG